AUGAAUAUCACGUUGCUGCCGCUCCGCGAUGGCAACAAAAUACCAUUGCUUGCCUUUGGCACCGGAACAGCUUGGUUCAAUGAAGUCAGCAACACGGAUUUUAACCAAAAUCUUGUUGACUUGACCAAAGAAGAAGUUGGCAUUGCGAUCCAAGAAUCCGGCGUUCCCCGCGAAAAGCUCUUCAUCACCAACAAAGCUGCCCAAGGCAUGGACGAUAUGCCGCAGCGCUUGAGCCGAGUCUCGAAAACUAACGCCACACGAAGGGACCUGAUUCACAUUCCAUUCUUUGCCAAGCCGGAGGCCGACUUUGGGCGCGAGUGGAAGUCAAUGGAGGAAGUCAAGAUGGCUGGCAAGGCGAGGUCGAUCGGAGUGAGCAACUACUUGCGCUCUGAUGUCGAGGCAACACUCAGGGGCGCAACCAUUCCACCUGCCCUUAGCCAAAAUCGAAAUGAUAUUCAGGUUGGCUCGUUCAAGGGACUGACCCCUGCCUUUCGAGCUCCUGAUGGACCACUGCGACAGCCGUUAGCCCGUAUCGCGAAAGCGCAUGACACGACGGAGGCUGCUGUGCUUAUCAAUUGGAUAAUACAGAGCAUUGUUGUUGCUGUUACCACCACAACAAAGCCAGAGACGCUAGAUGAGUAUGCCCAGGAUUUGAAAAUCAAGUUGACGGAGGACGAGCUUUGGCGGGAGUGGUAA